AUGAGCGACGAAAAGCAUGUCUAUGAUCCGGAAGUAGUACGAGAACUUCCGGGCUCAGGCAAGAAUGGAGUUUCGGAAAAGAUUCUCCAGCAUGCCAACGAUGCUGACGAUGCCAUGAAAGCCUUUACGUCCGCUGGUGAAGUGAUCACCCUCGACGAAGAAACUAAUAAGAGACUUCUCCGAAAAAUUGAUCUAAACAUCAUGCCGCUGCUUUGUGUGGUUUACAUGUUGAAUUUUCUGGACAAGACUUGCAUCUCCUACGCCUCAGUCAUGGGCAUGAAGAAAGAUCUCGGCCUCCAUGGACAACAAUACUCAUGGUUGGGCAGCAUGUUCUACUUCGGCUAUCUGAUUUGGGAGUACCCAACAAAUCGCCUCCUUCAGCGCUUGCCUCUGGGCAAAUACUCCUCCUUCAAUGUCAUCGCCUGGGGUGUGACGUUGACUUGUUUUUCCACGGUGGCAAACUUCCAGGGCGCCCUAGCCGUCAGAUUCUUCUUGGGCCUCUUCGAGGCUGCAGUCACUCCUGGCUUCGCUCUAUUCACGUCGCAGUGGUACACCAAGGAGGAGCAAGGUCUACGCACUGGCAUCUGGUUCAGUUUUAAUGGUUGGGCACAGAUCCUUGGUGGUCUAGUCGCCUAUGGUAUCGCCCGUGGUACUGACGCCCAUGAAGCCUCUAUCGAACCAUGGAAGAUCGUGUUCUUAGUCACCGGCCUCUUGACUGUCGUCGUCGGUGUUCUGUUCUGGUUCUUCAUGCCGGAUAACCAACUCAAUGCUCGAUUUUUGACACCUGACGAGAGACUGCUCGCUGUCGAACGAGUGCGCAUCAACCAACAAGGUAUCGGCAACAAGCACUUCAAAUGGUACCAGGUAAAAGAAGCCUUGACAGAUCCUUUGGCGUGGGCAUUUCUUUCAUAUGCACUCAUCGCCGAUCUCCCGAACGGCGGUCUCACUAACUUCUUCUCCUUACUCAUUGAGUCAUUUGGAUAUACCUCUGAGCAGUCGCUGUUGUACGGUACGCCGGCCGGGGCGGUAGAAGUGGUCUCGUUGAUCGCUUGUGGCUGGCUGGGCGACCGGGUGGGAUCCCGGCUUCUGGUCUCGACUUCUUGUCUUUGGCUCAGUAUCCUUGGCGUACUGCUCAUUGUCUGCUUGCCAGAUACUAUGAACGUGGGCAAGCUGAUCGGGUAUUAUCUGACUGGUAGUGCAGCGACUUGUUUCGUUGCUUUGCUGUCACUGAUCUCCUCCAAUGUGGCUGGCUACACGAAAAAGACGACCGUUGCGGCCAUGUAUCUAAUUGGCUACUGUGUUGGUAACAUCAUUGGUCCUCAGACUUUCCAAGCAAAAGAUGCACCAAAAUAUGUGCCCGCUGAAGUUACCAUCAUCGUUUGCUGGGGAAUUUCGGCGUUCAUCGUUUACGGCAUCUACUUCUACUGCAAGUACCAGAACAAGUUGAAGGAGAAGAUAAGAAGUCAGCCCGGGUAUGUCAAGCUGGAAAACCAGGAGUUUUUAGACUUGACGGACAGAGAAAAUCCCGAAUUUAUUUAUACUCUGUAA